AUGUCACUGGUGCCAGGACAGCAUUGUUCUCCCUCCCACACCCGACUUCACCUCACAAGCCCCAUCACCAUGGGAACUGAGCCAGCCACUCAGAACACAGAGUUUUCAAAGGGCAGCCUUUUAUACAGAGUCACCUCUCCCCAGAGAGGUCACAGCCAACAUUCAGGCUCACAGGGCCCCAUCUCCCUGGAUAAACCACUUCAGCUGCCCCCCAUUUUUCUCGAGGGAGAAAAAGGGGAAUCCUCUGUCCAGAAUGAGCAGGAAGGAGAGCCAAGCCUACAGUCACCCGGCUUAGAGCUCCAGUCCCCUGCGUGGCCACACCAUACAGGAGCGGCUCAGGAGCCCCUGAAAGUGUCCAGCAGCAACCUCAGUGACACCCAGAGCAGCGAGAGUCAUGUGUCCAGCGUGCAGCACCCCAGGCCGGAGGAGGGCAGCCAUGCCAGCCUGAGCAGCGGGUACGCGGGGGACAAGGAGGGCAGCGACAUCAGCUUGGUGGGCAGCCACCGGAGAGUGCGGCUGAACAGAAGUCUCAACACCCAGGCGGCCAGUAACCAAACCAGCCAGCUGGGCUCCACAGACCCUCCCAACUCUGUAAAGAGUCGGCUGACUGGCCCCGCCCGCAGCACCAAGCUGACUGGAGGGAAAGAGUGAGGCCAGCCUGCCGGGCAGCGGCAGCAGCAGCCCGUCCAGCGCCAGCUUCAUCAGCUUGGGCAGCAGUGCCCUCACCUACCAGGUGAGCAGUGGGCUGCUGACUUCCACAGCCAGCCUUCCCUCCACCCAGGCCGGCAGCCAUCAGAGCGUCGGGCUGGACAGCAGUGCCCAAAACGGGCAGAGCAGCCACACCAGUGUGCAGGAGGACAAGACAGGCAGCAACGUGAAAACCAGUGAGCAGGUCACCAAGGGGGAGCAGCCUGCCCAGGUGUGCAUGCCUUUGUGAGAAUCCUCUCCAGCAGCCAGUCUCUCAGAAAAAAGCACACAGGCCCAGCAAACACAGGCUGCACCCAGAGUGGUUGUUCCCAAAACAAGUAGGAAAGGUGUUUUCAAAAGCACACACUGACUGUGUCAACCAUCAAUGGGUAAUCCCAUCUGUAGCAACAAGCAUCAGUGGGCAGGCCACAUGUACCAGGAAGGAUCUAUGCUGAGCACCGCCUAUCCUGAGAACACAGUCAGUGAGGAGACUGUCUAUACUGAGAACUACUGUUGCUAGGAAGAGCUGUAGUAUCAAGAUUCACCAAUGCUGAGUCCACCUGUGUCAAAACAGCAAAGGGUAACGAUAUCAAGACUGUGAACUUCAGUGACGAGCCUUCUAUAACAAGAUCCAUCAAUGGCAAACCAUCUGUAGUCAGCACCAUCCUGGUGGGACCCCCUGUACCAAAACUCAUCAAUGGCGACAGCUGCUCUCAAUGGCAAACGCUGACGAUAUUAAGAACUGUCGCUAGUUAGAACCUUCCGUGAUGAAACCAUCCUAAAUGAUGAACGCCAUCUGCAACCAACACCAACCAUGAUGAGCUCAGAAGAAACAAGCUGCAACCAUGGUUGGGACUGUCCAUAUCAAGAACCAUCUGCAGUGAGCACCAUGCAUGGGGAGCCAGGUCCACAGGAAACUUGGUCCUGGCCAAGCUCUGCACCACACUCUGUCCACCAUUGUCACUGCCUGCAGAAGCACUAGCAAGACAGCCACGGUGCACACAGAGCACCUUCAUGACUCUCAGCUCCCCAAAGGAGCCCAGCCUAAGUGACUGUCACCAGAGGACCAUCAGGAGCGGCCAAGGAUGCCACC